AUGCCACUGGUUGGACGCGGAUGUAAGAGGGACACGAGUGACGACGAUAAAUCGAAGGGACCUACGGUUUGGUAUCAUAACGGCAGCCUCGUUGGCUUUUUCAGCUCGGUUCGUAUCCUUGACAAGACUGGCGCCAUCAUCGUUAUACUUGUCAACUCCGUACCCGAAAACGAUGCAGCCGACUGGGUGGGUCAACUUCUCUUGGAAGCUUGGCUGGACGACUGUAGCGAGAAGAACGACUACGUUUCCCUGGCCGAGCAGAGCGCCGCCGCCUACGAUGACAUGUGGGCUCGAUGGCCAGACCUUGAUGUGCUAAAUGUCUUUCAUUUUGGCACAGAUGACAAGGGUCAUAUCGAGACUCUCCGGUGGGAGAAUGACCCUGAUGUGCCGGGCGGUGAAACAUUUGUGAAGAAAUCCAGUGAGACCCUUCAUCAUAAGGUGCGCACGGGGCUCUAA